AUGACUUCUGUUCCUCAACCCAACGCCAGUGAAGUUAAAGUCACCGACCGCUUCGAUCUAAGCGGCAAGAACUUUCUCAUCACAGGAGGUGGUGGAGGCAUUGGCUUCGCCUGCGCAAAAGCUAUAGCUCAACUCGGCGGCGGAGUUGCCAUCAUUGACACAGCCCCCAAGCCCACCGCCGAGUUUGAUACCCUCAGCGAGCGGUACGGUGUCAAGACGUCGUACGUGCGAGGUGAUGUGACUAACCAAGAGUCUCUGGAGGAUGCGUUUGCGAAAUCCGUCCAAGCCGUAGGCCAACUUCAUGGAGGAUUGACAGCCGCGGGCAUUGUCAUGGACACGCCAUUUCUUCAGGCAGAUUGGGAGGUGACCCAGCGGACCUUUAACGUCAAUGUUUUGGGAACAUUUUGGGCCGCUAAGCUUCUUGCACAACAUCUAGUUGAGACCAAAACGCCUGGAAGUAUUGUUGCCAUCGCCAGCAUUAACGCUCAAGGACUUUAUGUCCCCGUGCAACCGAAAUCCGCAUACAACGCCAGCAAGGCUGCAAUUAAAGGGCUGAUGGGCCCCCUUGCCGGUGAGCUGGGCCAGUACGGUAUCAGAGUUAACUGCAUUUCCCCUGGGGCAAUCCAAACUCCUCUUCUAGCUCGCUUGGAAGGGGAGAAGAGAGCCAUCCUUGAUUGGUAUCGGGAUGGGUCGCCUCUUCAACGGUUAGGCGUGCCGGAAGAUCUGACGCCCAUGGUAUGCUACCUACUCAGUGACGCCGCUGCUUUCACAACCGGCGCCGACAUGCUGGUUACUGGUGGCUUGCACGCAGGCUCAGCUCGCGUGUAA